AUGGCUCACGUGAGACAUUUUCGGACACUAGUUUCGGGAUUUUACUUCUGGGAAGCAGCACUGUUACUCAGUUUGGUUGCCACAAAGGAAACAAAUAGUGCCAGAUCUCGAACUACUCCAAUGUCACCUUCUGACUUUCUGGAUAAACUGAUGGGGAGGACUUCAGGGUAUGAUGCAAGAAUAAGACCGAAUUUCAAAGGCCCUCCAGUCAAUGUCACAUGCAACAUAUUCAUAAACAGCUUUGGCUCAAUUGCAGAGACAACCAUGGAUUACAGAGUGAAUAUCUUUCUGCGUCAGAAAUGGAAUGAUCCUCGCCUAGCAUACAGUGAAUAUCCUGAUGAUUCAUUAGACCUCGACCCUUCCAUGUUGGACUCCAUUUGGAAACCUGAUUUGUUCUUUGCCAAUGAAAAGGGUGCCAACUUUCAUGAAGUCACUACAGAUAACAAAUUGCUGAGAAUUUUCAAAAAUGGAAAUGUUCUUUAUUCGAUAAGACUGACAUUAACACUUUCCUGCCCAAUGGAUCUCAAGAAUUUUCCCAUGGAUGUACAAACAUGUAUAAUGCAACUGGAAAGCUUUGGGUACACAAUGAAUGAUCUCAUUUUUGAAUGGCAAGAUGAGGCGCCUGUACAAGUGGCAGAAGGACUCACUUUGCCCCAGUUUCUGUUAAAAGAAGAAAAGGAUUUACGAUAUUGUACUAAACAUUACAACACAGGGAAGUUCACAUGUAUAGAAGUACGAUUCCAUCUUGAGCGACAAAUGGGAUACUACCUGAUCCAGAUGUACAUUCCCAGCCUCCUCAUUGUUAUUCUAUCCUGGGUUUCAUUCUGGAUUAACAUGGAUGCAGCUCCAGCCAGGGUGGCAUUGGGAAUAACCACAGUGCUGACUAUGACCACGCAGAGCUCAGGCUCACGGGCUUCUUUACCAAAGGUUUCCUAUGUCAAAGCUAUUGAUAUAUGGAUGGCAGUUUGCCUCCUCUUUGUGUUUUCAGCCCUUCUGGAGUAUGCAGCUGUAAAUUUUGUGUCAAGGCAGCACAAGGAACUUCUAAGAUUUCGACGAAAGAGAAGGAAUAAGACAGAAGCUUUUGCACUGGAGAAGUUUUACCGUUUCUCAGACACGGAUGAUGAGGUCAGGGAAAGUCGAUUCAACUUCACAGUCUAUGGGAUGGGACCAUGUCUACAAGCAAAAGAUGGCGUGACUCCAAAGGGCCCAAACCAUGCUGUUCAGGUAAUGCCAAAGAGUCCUGAUGAAAUGAGGAAGAUCUUUAUUGAUCGGGCCAAGAAGAUUGACACCAUCUCCAGAGCCUGCUUCCCAUUAGCCUUUUUGAUUUUUAAUAUUUUCUACUGGGUUAUCUACAAAAUCCUUAGACAUGAGGAUAUUCAUCAGCAACAAGAUUAAGCAUUAUGAGCACACAUAUGCAAAUGUUCAAUUCAGAAGAAAGUUUCCUCCUGGUAGAUGUGCACAGGCGUGAGUGUGUGUGUGUGGUGCACAAAUUAUUACCUUUGUAAUAAAACAACAUAUGAGGAAAAAGUGUACUUUUCAUUUGUAAAGUCCUGAGUACAAUGCUUUUGACUAACACAAGACAUAUGCUAUGAAAAUUUUUAUUUCAUAUUAAGUUCUGUUUUUUCAUAGUAAAUCUAUAACUGGAAGUUUCACUGCCAAUGUCUUUGAUGUAUACAAUAACACAUAGUACUAGAUGUGAAACCUUCUUUGAAAUUCUUAGAUUUUUAAUUCAGUGAUACUCUUACAGUUGCAAGAUUUGCACAG